AAGAGCAAAGAUUCUCCCUUUUUCCUUUUUUCCGGGGGGGGGGGGGGGGGGGGGGGGGGAGGGAGCACCCCCAGACAUUCCUGGACAUCUCCCCCAGCCCCAAGCACGCUAUAAACACUGAUAAGAAAAAGUUUUUAUUUCCUGGUUCAACUUUUUUUCCCCUGGAAUAUAAACUGAAGAAUGGGAAUAAAUACGAAUAAAUAACAAAGCGAGGCCGCGCACGCCGGGAUGCGCCUGGCUGCAGCCUGCACGGCUUUUGUCUCCCCACCCUGAAGCCAGCCCAGGCGUCCUCCUCCGUUCCUUCCUUUUCCUGGUCCCUUUUGCUUUUCCUUUAAAAAAGGACGCCCCCUCCAGCCCCCUCGCCGGUGACCUUGGCUGCCUAGGAUGCUCUGAUUCCCGUCUCCCUCCAACUUGCCCCCGCGCCGCCUUGCCCAUGGCCGCAUCCGAGGAAGGCAGCGGCUGCCUUGUGUCGCGGGGCCGCUCCCAGAGUGACCCCAGCUUCCUCAGCGACUCUUCAGCCACCUCCACGGACGCCGGGGAGAACCCAGAUGAGAUGGACCAAACUCCCCCAGCACGCUCCGAGCCUCUGGUCUCAGGGAUUCGAACUCCCCCCGUGCGGAGGAACAGUAAGCUGGCCACUCUGGGCAGGAUCUUCAAACCGUGGAAAUGGAGGAAAAAGAAAAACGAGAAGCUGAAGCAGACGACAUCCGCACUGGAGAAGAAGAUGGCUGGCAGGCAAGGCCGGGAGGAGCUCAUCAAGCAGGGCUUGCUAGAGAUGAUGGAGCAAGAUUCUGAAAGUAAAGUAUGCAGUCCCAGUGAAGGCACCCAACCUACACAGAGUGAGCCAUCCACUGCCGAGCAGGAGACACUGACCUCGGAGGGUGUCCAGCCUGGAAGUCCCUUGGCCAGCGGGACAGAUCAGGCUGCCCAGGAUGAGCUUCUGUCCUCCGAUGCCCAUCUGGAUGACACAGGUACCAGCUGGGAAUCCAGUGGUCUGAGCACUCCCCAACAAGGGCUUAGACAGUCGACUCACUGCCAAGAUUGAGUACUCUCUGCCACCCUCAUGCCAUGGCUGGGGAACCUAAAUUGUCCACCAGGUCCUACAUUGAUUCCUAUGGGUUUCCAGCAAAAUGGGCACAUGUAACAUGAACCAUCUUUCCCAUUUAGUUUUCAAGGACGGGAAUGCAGAGGGUCUCCAAAGAAGCGGAUGGACAUGCGUCUGUCCAGGACAUCCAGUAUGGAGCGGGGCAAGGAAAGGGAGGAGACAUGGAGCUUUGACGGGGCCUCAGAGAACAAGCGGACUGCUGCCAAAGACUCCGAGGAGAACAAGGAGAAUCUGAUGCUGAGCUCUGAGCUCAAAGAUGACUUGCUUCUGUACCAGGAUGAGGAGGCACUCAACGACUCCAUCAUCUCCGGAACGUUGCCAAGGAAAUGCAAGAAGGAGCUGCUGGCAGUGAAGCUGAGGAACCGGCCGAGCAAGCAGGAGCUGGAGGAUCGGAACAUCUUCCCCAGGAGGACUGAUGAGGAGAGGCAGGAGAUCCGGCAGCAGAUAGAAAUGAAGCUAUCCAAAAGGCUGAGCCAGAGACCAGCCGUGGAGGAGCUGGAGAGAAGAAAUAUCCUGAAACAGAGGAAUGAUCAGACAGAGCAGGAAGAAAGGAGAGAAAUCAAGCAACGAUUAACAAGAAAGCUUAACCAGAGACCCACUGUUGAUGAAUUGAGAGACAGAAAAAUAUUGAUCCGUUUCAGUGACUAUGUGGAAGUAGCAAGAGCACAGGACUAUGACAGGAGGGCAGACAAACCCUGGACAAGACUGUCAGCAGCAGAUAAGGCAGCAAUUCGUAAAGAAUUAAAUGAGUAUAAAAGUAAUGAAAUGGAGGUACACGCAUCCAGCAAGCACUUGACAAGAUUCCACAGGCCAUAGAGAAUUUCUUCUGAGAAGAAUUUGUGUUUAAUUUUUGAUACCAACACUGAACAUUCAUCAGGGAACUUUCCUCAAGACUAACUGCUGUGUUUGUGAGAAGAACAGAAUCACACAGAGGAGCAAUCCUGACCACUCACCUACAGAGGAGCAACCCAGAGGACACACUCACUCCCUUCUUUGGUGUCUGAGGAGUGUGAACUGUUGGGGUCACUUAAGGCCCAGAGUAACUCUCCCAGAAGAAAACUUGUUUGCCUUCAACCUUGUUUUACAGUUUUGCAGCGUCAUGGAGGAUGGGCGACAUGCAUGUGCAGGCUCACAUUCCCAGCCUCCGCCAUGAGGGACGUGACCCAGUGUCAUUCAGUAUUUUGUUGAAAAGACAUUUUUAUCCUGAUGAUUUGAAAACUAAGUUCAUGUUAUAGAGUGAUUUACUGUAUUAUACUUUCUCUUUUUUAUAUGAUGUCUAACAAAAAAUACAGCUCCAACAUUUUGAUUCCUGUUAAUUUUGUUCUUUAAUUAAAUGACUACUUAUUGCAGGAAAUGAA